UCCCCCACACGCGAUGCUGUCGUCCCUGAAGACCCUGCUGCUGCUCUCGGUCCUGUGCUCGCCCUCCUCCAGCCUGUGCCUCCGCCUGGCCCGCGGCCGAUUCGACCUCCUGUGCGACCACCGGUUGGCCGGCGGCUUCUCCCCGGAGGACGGCUGGGGCUCCCUGCUGCGGUCCUCCGCGGACUACCUGGCCGACUCGUCGGCGAGUCGGGAGAAAAGGACUUACAGCGCGGCGCCCAAGUCGCGCUUCCAGAAGAGCCGCGCCAAGCUCCGCGGUCAGGACGAGCGCCGGAGCCGGCUGACUCUGUCCCUGGACGUGCCCACCAACAUCAUGAACGUGCUCUUCGACGUGGCCAAAGCCCAGAACCUGCGAGCGAAGGCGGCCGAGAACGCGCGUCUGCUCGCGCACAUCGGCCGCAGGAAGUGACGCGGCGCCCGCGCUUUGAAAAGGAACUUUGAGGACUUGUUUUCCCAUCAUUUGCAGUCAGUCGCGUUGUGUUUGUGUCGGCUUACGGGUGACUUCCAUGCCGGCGCCUCAUUGAAAAGAGCCUGCGGUAACUGACGGCAGAGGCACAAUAAAUGGCCGGAUAGGGACUUUACAGCGAACACGGCCAAUUGUCGAUGAGAAUGAAGUCAACCGCUAUGCCCGUUGCCUGUGAUUGUGCAGACAUCUCUUUUGGCUAUGUAUUUUUUUU